ACCACUUCAUAUCAACCAGGCUCCCGUUAAAAAGAGCUUCUCCCAUUCGUAACUAAGGUUUUUUUUGGGAGACUUACUAAUUAUCUGGCAAGAGACAAGAGCCCAAGGACAGACACAUUUGAGGACUGGCUUAUUUUGCUGCACUGACAGAAAUGCUGUGAUACUGUUCAGUUUCCUCUGCUAGCAGGUUGCGGCUAAAGUCUACGCUGUCAUAUUCAGAUGUGGUCUUUGGCACAUUCAGGACUGUGACAUCUCAGCUAAUGCGCCAUUUUCUCAAUAAGCGAAAAAGGUUUACCAUCAUGGAGUGAGGUAGGAUGUGAAGCACUCACCCCAUCUCCAGGACAUGAUGUCACAGGACAGAGGGAAAAUUUGGGAAGGGAGUGGAAAGCAGAUGCAGUUGUUUAUUCUGGCCUACCUACUCCUCCUGGCCUUACCAUGCAUGGGCUUCCUCCCCAACUUUUGGUCCCGAGUGUUAACGUUGUCAUGGGACUCGCACACGCACCAGUACAUCACUGAGCAGGCUAUUCUCAAUGUCACCCUGGAGACCCUGAGGAGCACCGAAACACCUCAGGGGAACAAUGAAGAGGAACAGACCAGACUGGGCCGUGGCUUCUGGAGAGCUGUGGGAGAGGUGGUGAAGUCCAAUGCGGCCAUGGACUUCCUGAGCACUACCAAGUCCGACCCAGUGUACCACUUUGAUUCAGAGCGAGUUGACAGCGCCAUGGGGAUGUUAAGGCAGUGCUGGGCUCAGACUGUGCUCUCAGUACGGGCCAGGAAGUACCAGAGUGCUCGUCACAGCUUGGGACAGCUAUUUCACUCGCUGCAGUCAAAAUGUCCUAAAAACAUGAUAAAAAACGUUCUGGAUUUUGAAUUGCAUUUUGAAGAGAUUUCGCUUAGCGGAGCAUUGUCACUCAUUAUCAAUCAAAUACAGGACUUCUACAGUCACAGUAACUGGGUUGAGAUGGGCCAGCGCUCCAUUUACCUCCACCUGCUGCAGCCAGAGGAGCCUGCCGUGCCUGUGGCUAAAGAAGACACUCCUACCUGUAUGGAGUGCUUUAGUGCCACCUGUCGGGACAACCUCCAGCCAGCACUGACAAACACACAGCGAGAAACCCAGCUGCUCACCACUGGCUACUUCAGCACUUUCCCUCCAAAACCUUACGGCAAAUGCAGUCAUGGAGGUAUUAUGGACAGUAGCCGCUAUAUGGGGGCCAAAGGGGGCAUCAACAAGGAUAGCACCUCUCCUUUAUUCUCCCCCCACCAUUAUCUCCAUGUGGAAGCUGCCAAUUUGGCUAAGGAGGCAACCCUGAGUGUACUGAGAGACCUCCGAGACACUGUGGGCCCUAAAACGUUCCUCAGGCUCUUUAGUGUAAAGCAGAUCCCUGCGUUGGUGUUUGUCAUGGACACCACAGGCAGCAUGUUUGAGGAGAUCACUGCCGCUCGCUUCAGGGCUCACACCAUCAUCGAGAGCAGAGCCAGCAACCGUGGGCUGCCAGGCACCUAUGUACUUGUGCCUUUCCAUGAUCCAGAGGUAGGACCCGUGUUUGAGAGCGAUGAUCCAAACCAGUUCGUACAGCAGAUGGAGAACCUGAUGGCGCUGGGAGGAGGAGACGAACCAGAAAUGUGUCUUUCCGCCAUUCAGCUGGCCCUCACUCACAGUCCACCACUGUCAGAGAUCUUUGUAUUCACGGAUGCCUCCCCUAAAGACCCCCACCUGUUUGAUGCUGUGAAAGCUCUCACACUUGAGAAACAGAGCAAGGUGACAUUUCUUCUUACUGAAGACCCCAAGUACACAUCGGAGAGCAGAAGCAGCAGGAGGAGGAAGAGGAGGAGGAAGAAGAGGGAAGCUUUGUCUCCUGACCGUUUCUCUCUUUACUCCGCCCUGUCCUCCGUGUCAGGAGGGCUGACAAUAUUCACCACCAACUCUGACAUUCGCAGAGUCUCAGCCAUAGUGGAGGAUAACACAGCCACUGACAAGGUGACCCUCCUCCAUGUGGAAAGUGACCAAGAUUUGAUGUCCACCCAUUCCUUUAGAGUUGACAGCUCAGUAAAAAACGUCACAUUACACAUCACUGGCAUCCUGACAGAGUGUAUCCUGUCCAGUCCGUCAGACCAAAGCCAGUCUCUGCUGAGUGGGGACGGCCCUCUGGCAGCGUUGGACCACUUUGACGGUCUGUACCGCAUCGGCCUGCUCUCUCCUAUACAGCCAGGCCAGUGGAAACUCCAAGCCAAGAGCGACGGACACCUCACAUUCAAUGUGAUAGGACAAAGCAGUGUGGAUUUCCUGUAUUACUUUGCCACUGUCACCAAUGAGACACACCCAGGGUUAGAAAGAGUGGAGGGAAGUCCAGUAGCAGGUGUUCCUGCCUUUCUGGUGCUGGCUGUGACGGGCCUGCCUCUAGACGAGGAAGCCUCUUUUAGUCAUGUGACGCUGCUGGGAGCUGAUGGGGAGACCCUUCAGCAGGUGAAGCUUAACUCCUCCUCCUCCUCUUCAUCAUCCUACUCUGUGGAGGAGCUGGUGGGAUGGGUGAACUCCGUUCCCAGAGCUCCCUUCUGUGUGCGACUAACAGGCCGAGACAGCAGAGGAAACAAGCUGGAAAGAGUUUCCACAGAGAUGGUUCAGCCCACUCACGUUCAGAUGCAGGUGUUGUCCAUCCCCCGCCUGGUACCUGGUCACAGCACCAUGGUGGACUUUGACAUCCUGAACCAUGGCCCGGCCCGACUCUUCAAUCUGACGGCUGAUGACGACUGUGGAUAUCUUCAUAAGAGAGGACCACACACGAUCCAUGUUGCGGAACAAGGGUCUUUCCGUGGUCAGGUGGACAUCCUCACUCCUGCCACGGCUCAGGCAGGAGCUACCGUCACCCUCACACUCACUGUGCGCGCUCUUCACUCUCCAGACGCAAAUUACGCAGUGGCCUAUUUGACAGUGAUCCCUCCGGAUCCCGACAUGUCCCCUCCCUCCUGCUCCGUGGCAAGAGUAGAGUCCACCUGUCCUUCCAUUUGCACUGAGUCCAGCUGGAGUGUAUCUCUGGUGGUGUCAGACAGGGGGCGAUCCGGCCUCGCCGCCCUCCAGCUGCAGAAGGGUGAAGGCAUUCUGACUUUGUUCCACAGCCCCCAACCCACAGAGGAGAGCCUGGAAGAGGCCCAGCACAAGGCACACAGGGACACAACAACCAGCGAAGGCCACCCUCAUCAUCACCACCACCACCACAAAGCCAGAUUAGAGAAAGGAGACCCCCCUCUGAAUGUUACUGAGUGGGUACCAGGAUCGUCUCAGCUUCUGUUGGCGUGGUACGCAUCCAGCUGCUGCUCCCCUAAAGCUGAGCUGCUGGUGUGGGACACAGCUGGAAACAUGAAGCGCUGCCGUCUAACAUCUGGCCAGCAGACACAACUGAGAGACAGGAGUAUAGAAAGCAGCGGAGCUGGACGGAUUACACUCACAAACGUCUAUGUCCUGAUGUCGGGUCUGCUGUGGUCUACUCUGCUCUAGAUCGAUGGAAUUACAGAUGUUUUGCGGGUCAAACUAAUCUGUGUGUUGAUCAAUGGAAAUGAGAAAUAAAAAGAGGAGAUAUAAAAGGACAGAGGUAAAACUGAAAAAACUUGAUACAAAGUUGAUGAUAAUGUGAUUGCUACUGUACUUUGUGAAGAAGUUGCACUGAAUAAAGAAAGAGUCAUUUUAUAUUUGCUGUCACAAACACUAGUUAUUUGCAGUUACAAUAUCUGAUAUCAUGGAAAAAUGUAAUAACCAUUAAGUGAGUCAUUAAGACUUUACUUUUCCAGCAUGGAAAUGAUACAAUUCUAUAAAGCAACAUUGCAAAUUGUCAUAAAUAGAGAUACAGAAAUUGUUUGUGUAGAGGUCUGUCACACAUAUCCAUUUAAUGAGGCCUAACAUCAUUCUCACUGAAAUGUUAAACCAAUUUUGUAUCUAUUUAUUUUGUUAUUCUAUACAUUUCCUCAUUAUACCAAUUUAUAUUCAAUGUACUGUUAUGCUCUUACCUGCUGCUCCAUGUCAUAGACCGGAAAAACGAUACAAGAUGCAUUGGAGUAUUUUAUUAAUUUGACUUGACCCCGGCAAUAUCAUUAAUUGAGUCGGAUAAUUGUGAUUUUUUUGAGACACAGCAUUUACAGAUGUCUUAACAAGGGGUUUAAAUGUUUUACAGUAGCUGCUGUUCGAGUUCACACCUAAUGUACAAUGCAAAAAAAGCCAAGAAAUCUGAAAACAUGGGAUAAAUAAAAAUGAUUGUAUAUCGGAGUUGUGCAAUUUGAAUUUCAAUGACACGUUCAGAGAUUGAAAUUCAUUCUCAGCCUUGAGAGAAUUCACAUUGCCCCUGAGAACUGAUUAACCUCUGAGACAGUUGCUCAUUACAUGAAACAGUUUCUGCUGUGAAUAUAUAAGGCAGAGAAGACCUGGAC